AUGACCGAGGAGCAGAAAACUCCAGAAACCAAGCCAAAGGUGGAGGUGCCCAAAAAGAAAUCAUGGUCCAACCCCGCGCUUCGUGCAAUGGGAAUUCCUAAGGUCUCUUUGCCGUCCAGAAACUGGAUGAUCUUCUGGACUGUUCUAGCCUCAAUUGGAGGAGGCAUCUACUACGACAAAACUCAACAGAAGAAGAUCAGAGAGAAGUACUGCAAGCAGGUCGAACAUUUGGCCCAAGAGGUGUAUACUGCCGACCGUCUUCCGCGGAAGCUCACAGUAUUCAUCGCCCCUCCUCCAAACGACUUCCUCGAAGAAUCUUUGCGUCACUUCCGUAAAUACGUCAAGCCUAUUUUGAACUCCGCCGCCAUUGACUAUGAAGUGUACACCGAGACCAGACAAGGAGACAUCCGGGCGCAGGUGGCAGAGAAGAUUAGACAGAUGAGAAGAAGUCUGAUCGAAGACCAGAAACUACAGGAACAGAAGGAUGGUGCCGAGGCAUACAACCGCUCAUGGACGAAAUUCGCAAAUGAGACUUCGUCUCGUUUCACUUCAGUGUUUAAGAGAAAGAGUGAUGAGCCAGAGGAGUUGGUGUCUAGACAUGACUUGUAUGAAACCAAAGACGUGCUCGGCCUUUACCGUGUUCUUCAGCCCCAGACGCCCAAGAGAGAUAAUGAGGAUGAUGCAAAGCUUUGCGGUGGUGUGAUCUGUAUUGGAAGAGGGUCGUACAAGGAAUACAUCAAUGGUAUUCACGAGGGUCUCCUUGGCCCAUUGGAGAAGCCAGAGCCUGUUGUCGAGAAGAUUGCGGAGGUUGCAGAGAGCGAGAGCGAAACCCAGAGUGCAGAGCCUAUGAAGGAACCUGUUCCGGAACAACAAGACGAUAUUCAGCCUGAUACUGAGGAAGACGACUCAAAAGACAAACAGCCUCCCGUUCCUGCGCCAUACAUUACUGACUAUAGUCAAGGUCAGUUGGCACCAGAGCUUGAUUUCUCCAAGACGAUUCUCAACUCUAAAGGUGUCCCUGUCAUAUUCGAGCAGCCAAUCUAUGUGUUCCCAGUCCCUAAAAUCAGUGGGUUUAUGAGAAUGCCCGAAAAGAUCUACAACUACUUCACGGCUAGAAAUCUUGCUGAAAACGUUUCCUCCAAGGUCAUGGUCGUAGUUGAUGGAAAGAGUAGGGAUUUCGAGUACAAGGAUAAGUUCUUGGCUGGAGAGGAGGAGCUUGACUGGCCAAAGGGCUGGGUGGAGAAGGGCAAGAAGAAGAACAGCGAAUGGGUGCAAGACCUUGAGGUUGAUGAACGAGUCACCAAUCGUCUCCGUGUCUUCGAAAAGUAA